UUGAAUUUGAAUCACUUAACAAGUCUAGACAAAAUGAAAUUCUUCGCUGUUCUCGCUCUUUGCAUUGUCGGUGCCAUCGCCGCUCCAUUGUCUGCUGAUCAAGCUUCACUCGUCCAAUCAUCAUGGGCUGGAGUUAGACACAACGAAGUUGAAAUCCUCGCUGCAGUCUUUGCUGCAUACCCAGACAUCCAAGCCCGUUUCCCACAAUUCGCUGGAAAGGAUCUCGCUUCAUUGAAGGAUACUGGUGCAUUCGCCACACACGCCGGAAGAAUCGUCGGAUUCGUCUCAGAAAUCAUUGCCCUCAUCGGAAACGAAUCAAAUGCCCCAGCAGUUCAAACCUUAGUCGGACAACUCGCAGCUAGCCACAAGGGCCGUGGAAUCCAACAAGCUCAAUUCAAUGAAUUCAGAACCGCACUCGUCUCAUACCUCUCAAGCAAUGUUUCAUGGAAUGCUGCUACAGCUGCUGCCUGGACCGUCGGUCUUGACAACAUCUACGGACUCCUCUUCGCCGGUUUGUAAAUCAGUCCUCUCAAAGCAUGUAAAUAGUCUUAAUUCAUAAUGUGUGGCUUAAUAAAAAUCUUUUAGUCAAAAUUGAAUCAAACUUUUUAAUUUUAAAAUUU